AUGUCGCACCCUCCAUCGUCAAACCCAGCCACCUCUCCGCCAGCGGCCGGCGAAUCUUGGAAGAAUGGAUUACGACUACCACCAAAAGACCUUCGUCCACAAACGUCAGAUGUAACAGCGACAAAGGGAACAGAGUUUGAAGAUAUGUUCCUCCGCCGCGAGUUGCUUAUGGGCAUAUUCGAGGCUGGGUUCGAAAAACCUUCUCCCAUCCAAGAAGAGGCCAUUCCCAUCGCCCUCACCAAGCGAGAUGUCCUUGCUCGUGCCAAAAAUGGUACCGGCAAAACCGCUGCCUUUGUUAUUCCUUCCCUUCAACAAGUCGAUGUCGCAAAAAGCAAAAUCCAAGCCCUUCUCCUCGUCCCCACUCGCGAGCUUGCCCUCCAGACAUCACAGGUCUGCAAAAUUCUUGGGAAGCACAUGGGAAUACAAGUCAUGGUUACAACGGGCGGAACCACUCUGAAGGACGACAUUAUCCGUCUUUCGGAAACUGUCCACGUUUUAGUUGGCACGCCAGGCAGAAUAUUAGAUUUGGCUGGAAAGAACGUCGCCGAUCUCAGCGAAUGCCCCGUCUUCGUAAUGGACGAGGCAGACAAACUCCUCUCCCCCGAAUUUGCGCCUGUAAUGGAGCAGCUUCUGGCCUACCUCCCUGAAAAGCGACAGGUCAUGCUGUUCAGUGCGACCUUCCCAAUGAUAGUCAAAGAUUUCAAGGAGAAACACAUGGUCUCGCCCUACGAAAUCAACCUGAUGGACGAGCUGACGCUGCGUGGAGUUACGCAGUACUAUGCAUAUGUCGAAGAACGGCAGAAAGUUCACUGCCUCAACACGUUGUUCUCCAAGCUCCAAAUCAACCAAUCCAUUAUAUUCUGCAACUCGACGAAUCGUGUCGAGCUGCUCGCGAAGAAAGUAACUGAGCUGGGAUACUCCUGCUUUUACUCACACGCCAAAAUGUUACAAUCGCACCGUAACCGCGUCUUCCACGAUUUCCGCAAUGGUGUCUGCCGCAACCUGGUCUGCUCUGAUCUCCUCACUCGUGGUAUCGAUAUUCAAGCAGUGAAUGUCGUCAUCAACUUCGACUUCCCCAAAAACUCGGAAACCUACCUACAUCGUAUCGGUCGUUCUGGUCGCUUUGGACAUUUGGGUCUUGCCAUCAAUCUUGUCACCUAUGAGGACCGUUUCAACUUAUAUCGCAUCGAACAGGAGCUAGGAACCGAGAUUGGGCCCAUUCCACAAACCAUCGACCGUGGUUUAUAUGUCGACCCUGGCGCUAUUCAGGAAGAGGGCCAACCACGUCAGCAGCAGCAGCAGCAGCAACCACAACAUCCACAACAUCCUGUUGCUGGCCCUGCUCGUCCUCCUCAACAACCAAAUCACCACCAACAACAGCAAGCUUUAUUGCAACAACAUGCGGCAGCGCUAAUCCAGCAACAGCAACAGCAGCAGCAACAAGUUUUGUACCAGAGUAAUGGCAAUGCGCCGCCAGUCCAACGACAGCCUCCUCAUGUUGGUCGGUCAAAUGGUGUACCUCAGGGAAUGCAUGGUGGCUAUCGUGGUGGUGUUCCCGGUGGUCGAUGA